AUGUCGGUCCAGCCUGCUAACGAACUCUCCGCUUGGAAGAAGCUUCAGUCUCUGUACGAAAGCAAGAAAAUCACUCUGAAAGAGGCAUUUGCUGCGGACCCGAAGCGCUUUGAGACGUUCUCGAAGAGCUUCGAGACUAGCAACAAGGAUGUCUCGAUCCUCCUGGAUUACAGCAAGAACCUCAUCGACGAGGAGAUUUUCACCCAGUUGGUCGCGUUGGCUAAGGAAUCUCAACUUGAAGCGAAGCGCGAUGCUAUGUACAAGGGAGAACACAUCAACAACACGGAAGACCGUGCUGUGCUUCACAUUGCUCUGCGCGAUCUGCACGACGAGCUGAAGCUCUCGGAGCCAGGCACCAAGGAUGUCAUCCCGGAACUUAAGCAUAUGCACGAAUUCUCUGAUGCCGUUCGCUCGGGUACGUGGAAGGGCUACACGGGCAAGCCCAUCAAGACUGUAGUCAACAUCGGUAUUGGUGGCUCGGAUCUCGGCCCUGUGAUGGUGUGCGAGGCCCUCAAGGCGUACUCGAAGCGCGACCUCGAUAUGCACUUUGUGUCGAACAUCGAUGGCACGCACAUUGCUGAGACUCUGCGUGCGUCGGAUCCGGAGACCACGCUGUUCAUCAUUGCGAGCAAGACGUUCACUACUAUCGAAACGAUUACCAACGCUACAACCGCUCGCGACUGGUUCCUUCAGACUGCCAAGGACAAGGCGCAUGUUGCGAAGCACUUUGUGGCCCUGAGUACGAAUGAGUCGGAGGUGACCAAGUUCGGUAUCGCGAAGGAGAACAUGUUCAAGUUCUGGGACUGGGUCGGUGGCCGUUACAGUCUGUGGAGCGCCAUUGGUCUGAGCAUUAUGCUCUCGAUCGGUUUUGAGAACUUCAAGGAGCUGUUGGAAGGUGCGCAUGCUAUGGACAUGCACUUCAAGGAGGCCCCACUUGAGCAGAACCUGCCUGUGAUCUUGGGCCUUCUGGGCAUCUGGUACAACAACUUCCACGGCGCACAGACGCAUGCCCUGCUGCCGUACGACCAGUACCUGUGCAAGUUUGCGGAUUACUUCCAGCAGGGCGAUAUGGAGUCGAAUGGUAAGUUCGUGGGCAAGAACGGCGAGCCUGUGAACUACCAGACCGGCCCGAUCAUCUGGGGUCAAGCUGGUACCAAUGGCCAGCAUGCCUUCUAUCAGUUAAUUCAUCAGGGUACCAAGAUGAUCCCCUGUGACUUCAUCGCACCGAUUGAGACGCAGAACCCGUUGGGCGACCACCACGACAUUCUCCUUUCGAACUUCUUCGCGCAGCCUGAGGCUUUGGCGUUCGGUAAGACGGAAGAGGAAGUCGCGAAGGAGCUCGGCGAUAAGGCAUCGAACGUGGCACUUCUCAAGAGCAAGGUGUUCCGCGGUAACCGUCCUACCAACAGCAUCAUGGUCCAGAAGAUUACACCGAAGACACUCGGUGCCCUGAUUGCGAUGUACGAGCACAAGAUCGCUACCCAGGGCUUUAUCUGGAACAUCAACUCGUACGACCAGAUGGGCGUAGAGCUCGGUAAGGUGCUAGCUAAGAAGAUCCAGCCGCUGCUCAUGCAGCGCGACCCUGCCAAGGUCGAUGCUGAUGGCCAUGACUCGUCGACGUCGGGUCUGAUCAAGCAUUACCUCGCCAACCGUAAGUAA